CAAAAAACACACAAACACACACACAAUGGCACUCACAAAGUCAAAAUCAUAUACACUUUCUCUCAUAUUUCUCUCCAUAUUCCUCCUCUACCUAACUCUAACUUGCAAAUUAAGACCAAAAAAUCAUGAUAUUCCAAUCUCAAACCUAGAAAAACCAACUUUUAGACAAAAUAUUGUUAUGCCCAUGGAACAUUUCACUAGUAAACCUCAAUGGUUUCAACUUUUACAAGACGAAAUCAAGGAUAAAUCAACACUAAAAAUUGGCCUAGUCAACCUUGAUGAUGUCUCGUUUUUCGACUACGUUGGAUUGCACGGGGCGAAAAAUAUGGAGACGUUGGAUGUAAAAUUCCCUAAGGUUUCGAAUAAAAUUAAGUGGAAAGACUUAUUUCCAGAAUGGAUUGAUGAAAAAGAGGUAUCAGCCAAGCCUACUUGCCCAGAAAUCCCAAUGCCAGUGUUCGACAAGUACGAUGAAUUGGAUGUGAUCAUUGCAAAGGUUCCAUGUAAGCACGUAGGGAUGGAUGUUUCUAGGGAUGUUUUUAGGUUACAAGUUAACUUAGUGGUAGCUAACUUGUUGGUAAAGAUUGGUGGUUUGAAUAAAAAUCGACCCGUUUACGCGGUGUUUAUAGGCGAUUGUGGGCCCAUGUGGGAGAUUUUCCGAUGUGAAGACAUGUUGUUGCAUGAAGAGAAUUUAUGGGUUUAUAAACCUGAGUUAAUAAGGCUGAAGCAAAAAAUUCUCAUGCCUGUUGGUAGUUGUCAGCUUGCUCCUCCAUUUCCAGAACAAGAACAAGAAUCUUGGAAGAGUUACCCGGUAUCAGCACUGGACAAAACGUUCCACAAACCAAGAGAGGCAUAUGUGACAGUUAUACAUUCCUCAGAAGCUUAUGUUUGUGGAGCAAUAGCUUUAGCACAAAGCAUUAUUCUAACCAACUCAACAAGAGACCUUGUUCUACUAGCAGAUGACUCAAUUUCACCAAAAUCUCUUCAUGGUCUCAGAGCAGCAGGAUGGAAAAUCAAGAAAAUCAAAAGAAUAAGAAGUCCACAUGCCCCAAAAAACGCGUACAACGAAUGGAAUUACAGCAAGCUAAGGAUAUGGCAACUCAUAGAAUAUGACAAAGUCAUAUUCAUCGAUUCAGAUUUCGUUGUUUUCAGAAACAUUGAUCACUUCUUUUCGUAUCCAGAACUAUCAGCCGCUGGAAACGAUGGUUACAUUUUCAAUUCAGGUGUUAUGAUCAUUGAACCAUCAAAAUGCAAGUUUCAAACUUUAAUGAACAAAAGGUUUGAAGUAGAUUCUUAUAAUGGGGGCGAUCAAGGUUUUCUAAAUGAAAUGUUUGUGUGGUGGCAUAGAUGGCCUACUAAGCUAAAUACACUCAAGAUAUUUGUAAAUUCAAAUCAUCGCCAUCUUCCUGAUGAUUCAUACACCGUGCAUUAUUUGGGAUUAAAGCCAUGGUUGUGUUACGAGGAUUAUGAUUGCAAUUGGGAUAAAAUGGAAUCGCAAAUAUUUGCGAGUGAUUCAGCUCAUGGGAGAUGGUGGAAAGUGUACAAGAAAAUGUCAAUGGAACUUAGGGAAUAUUGUGCAUUGACACCACAAAUGGAUGCAAGGAUCGUAAAAUGGAGGAGAAAAGCUAAAAAAGCUAAUUUUUCAGAUGGACAUUGGAGGAUUCAAGUGAAAGAUCCAAGAAAACUUUCCAAUUGAUGAUUAUUUGAUUAAUAAUCUAACGAGAGAUAAAUUCAAAUCAUGUAUACUAACAAGUAACAAUUUCCCU